UCAAAAUUUAGCCAAAAGAUGGAAGACAGAGAGGUAGAUUUACUCCAUGGAGACUUAGACAUCGAAAUGUCUGAGAAGGUCGAGACUGUCAGGUCUUUUGACGACCUUGGGCUUAAAGAAGACCUCCUAAGAGGAGUGUAUGCAUAUGGGUUUGAUAAACCAUCAGCGAUCCAGCAAAAAGCUAUCCUUCCAAUUAUUAAAGGGAGGGAUGUCAUUGUCCAGUCUCAGAGUGGAACAGGAAAGACCUGUGUCUUUGGCCUUGGAUCUUUACAAGUUGUCGAUGCAAAGCUGAGGAAACCUCAAGUGCUUAUUCUUAGUCCGGUCAGAGAACUCGCUGAGCAAACUCAGAGAGUUAUUCUCGCACUUGGUGACUAUAUGAGUCUCAAUGUUCACUGCUGAGCAGGUGGUAAAAGUGUGCAGGACGACGAGUUCCAGUUCGACCAUGGAGUCCAUAUUGUCUCAGGGACACCUGGAAGAGUCUAUGAUAUGAUUCAGAGGAAGAAAUUUGACACAGACAGUCUCAAAAUGCUUAUAUUAGAUGAAGCCGAUGAAAUGCUGAGCCGAGGAUUUAAAGACCAGGUCUAUGACAUUUACAAAUUCCUUCCUUAUGACACUCAGUGGGUCGUUGUCAGUGCCACUCUUCCACAAGAAAUUUUGGAUAUGACUAAGAAGUUUAUGAAUGAUCCCAUCAAAAUUCUAGUUAAAAGAGACGAGCUCUCUUUAGAUGGAAUCAAGCAGUUCUUUAUUGAUGUUGACAAGGAUGAGCAUAAAUUUGCAACCCUGUGUGAUCUUUACGAUACUUUGACAAUCACCCAAUCAGUGAUUUUCUGUAACACCAGAAAAGCAGUGGAAUGGCUCAGCGACAAAAUGAGAGAUAACAACUUUACUGUUUCUCACAUGCACGGGCAGAUGCCACAAAAAGAAAGAGACUCAAUUAUGGAAGACUUCAGGUCUGGCGAAAGCAGGGUCAUGAUCACCACAGAUAUUUGGGGAAGAGGACUUGAUGUCCAACAGGUGUCUCUUGUUAUCAAUUAUGACCUCCCUCUCAACAGAGAAUUCUAUAUCCAUAGAAUAGGCCGCUCAGGAAGAUUUGGAAGAAAAGGUGUUGCCAUUAAUUUCGCAACCAGUGAUGAUGUGAGAAUUCUAAGAGACAUUGAGCAAUAUUACUCCAUCCAGAUAGAUGAAAUGCCUAUGAAUGUUGCUGAACUGCUCUAGUUAAUCUUCAUAAUA